CGACUGCAUUGUGUGAUGAAUGCAAUAAUGUAAGAGAACCAUAAAGAAGGGGUUCGAAAAAUGGUUAAACCUCUGGUUCCUGGUGUGAAAGCUGAGACGAUGCAGGGAGCUGGAGUUGGGGUUGAUGUGAUGGCGAGUGCAAUCGUAGAGAGCAUAAGAAACAUUCCAUUGGAGGCGGUGCCUGCACUCGUCGACGCUAUUCUUCUCUCAAAUGGACUACACUCUUCUUCACAUCUUCUUAAUCACCUCAUUCAAGCUUUUCCACACUUUCUCAAGGAUCAUCUUAAGGAGGACCUUCAAUAUACCUUGGAUGAAAAAGAGCUCAAGUUCUUUUUGGCUUUCGUUUCAAUGGUGACACAUCUUUUCAAGAAACCAGGAAGUGAUGUGGAUGAUUUGAUAGCACUUAUUUGGAGAGUGUAUAUCCCUAUCCUGAAAAGAACAUCUAUUACGCAUUCCAUCUUGCAUAAUCAGAUUGCAGAGGCAUUGGCCGACAUUGCAAUGGAAAAGCAUUCAUGGGGAGAGAUGGACGUGAUAUUACUACCUUAUUGUUUAAAGUCAGUCACAUCUUGUGUUGCUUCUGAGCCACUAGACCAUUCAUCUUAUAAUUUGCAGGCUGAUUUAUACCCCUCAGUUACGGGUUCCAUAAGUGACAUGAAAUCUUUGAACUUAUUUGGAGACCAUUUUGGACUCAUAGACGGGAUUUUGCCUUUAUCUGUGGCAUGCCAGUUAUUGGCUACAUUGAUGCUGGCUGCUUUGAAGGUAUUGAGUUCUAGUGGAGUUAGUUUUCUGCCAAAGGAUGGGUAUGGCAGUCAUGGUUCUGCUGUAGAGAUUUUUUCUAGCCAUAUGGUUUCAAGUCUUCUAGAUGCAACAUUGAAUAUGCUUUCAGAAUCUACGGAUUGUAAUGUGCGACAUUCUGUGAUGACAAUGCUUUUACCAUCUCUUCUGAAGACAGUAGAUACACUUGCAAUGUUUGAAGCUUGUUCUCCUGGGAAACUAAAUGUCAAUUCUAGGGUCUACAGGGUACUUGUCAUGCAGAAAGUUUGGAGCUCCUGCAAGUCUCUGUUUUCCCAGGGAUCACUCGAGCGCCAAGAUGGAUACAAAGCAUUGUCUUUAAUUUUGGAAUUUAUGUUACCUUCUGUUAAUGAUGGGAAGGAACAUUCUGAAUAUACAAAUACUUUUAAAAUGUUUGAUGUACGGGAAGAAAAACAAUUCUGGGAGUAUCUGAGAGCAGGUUUGGUUGACGAAGAAAAAAUAACUCGUAAAAGAUCAUUAUAUAUUCUAAAAGUUGCUUUAGAAAAUAGGCAACAGUGUGCGAGCAAUGAUCAUUUCCAGAAGAUAGAUGAUCAAUCCAAGAAGAAGAGCUCUCAGAAAAAGCAUGAGAAGACAAAUGAAGAAGGCCUGGCUAAUUCUGGCAUGACAAAGAGGGAAAGAUGGGCUGAAAUGGAGGCAAAGUCAUUAGGUGUAGGAGUUAUCAAUAAAGACCAUGAAAAGGGUGCUGACCGCUGGCAACGUUGGGAGGUUUUUAUUCUUUUGCAUGAAAUGCUUGAAGAGUACGGGACUCACUUAAUUGAGGCAGCUUGGUCACAUCAGAUAUCUUUAUUAGUAGCUACAAAAGAGGGGUGUGACACCAGAACCCAACAUACACUCAUUUGGGAUCAUCAAAGUCACAUUGAAUAUGCAGAUGUUGCAUUCUUGUGGAUAACUGUGUUGUGGCAACGUGGAUUUCACCAUGGAAAUCCACAAGUUCGUCGAAUGAUUAUGCAGUCUUUUUUGGAGUUGGAUUGGUCAAAAAUUGGAAACCCAAGCGCACUAAUUCCAGAAUGGUUUGUUUUGGGUCCAUUUAUACAAGCCCUGAAUGAUCCGACACAUCACAGAGAUUUUGGUUUGAAAGGUAUCUAUUCUUCAGAGAUGGGAAAAUCUGCAGCCAAGUUCAUUCAUCAAUGUUCAAGUUCCCAUUCUAUCAGGGAUCGGAAAAAGUUUGUCCAGCGUAUGGCCUGUGUUGUGAAAUAUGAAUCCCUUGGGCGAGCAGGGCUUAUGACUUUGGUGCUUUGCAUUAAGGAGGCUUCAUUUGGAAGUGACUCAAUUGAGGAUGAGGGAAUAUUGGAGAAAUUCAUGCUGUUAUCUGAUACCACUGAAUGCUUUUCCAGUCAUGACAUUGAUGCUCUACAAGAAAGUACUGUAGACUUAAUAGAGGUCUUUAGAUUGCUUGUUGAGAGCAGUAAACAACACUUCAAUGCACAAUAUCGAUCUCAAGUUUGUGAGCAUAUUAUGGUAGCUGCCUUGGCAUUAGUGGAGGUUUAUGAAGUGUCUUUCAGCAAGCUUUUAUAUUUUUUAACAUCAUUCCCUAGGGAGUUAAUUGUAAGAAAUGGAGUCUUGCAUUCCAAAAUUAUGCACUGGUUCAAUCGGCAGGACACUAUCUAUUCCAGUCAAACUCGUUUUUGUCAGAAAGAAUGGCUUGCAAGAAAUUUGUUUAACUUUGCAGAUAGCUUUGUGAAUCCUCAGAAACAUAACCUUAUUGUUCCUUGCAAUGAUGAGGAAGUGGAUGCUUGGUAUGUUGAAGCUAAGAGAUGGGCAAGAUUACUUUGCCUUGGACUAUUAGAAGUGUGUCAGUUUUCAAAAAUACUCCUGCAGGUGAUCCAAAGUCGUGCUUGUGAAAUUCAUCAAUGUGCUAAUAGUUCAUACUUUAUACCAGUCAAGCUUCUGCUGCUCAUUUUAAGUGUAGUAAAAGAAUGUCAAUCUCAACAGCAGUUUUCUGAAAGUACUCAAGGUAGAAGAUUAAAAAAUAGGAGCAAGGAAUUAUUGGAUUUGUUGGGAAAAGAGAAGUUAACACGAUAUGAUAUGCUUGCCAUAACUGUUUCCAACACCGUCCUUUCAAUAUUGGGUGAGCUUAUUUCAUAUGCAAGGUCAUCAUUUACAAUAUUUUGGCAUGAUUAUUCAUGGGAUGGACCUUUACCUGAUUCAGUAACUGGAAAACUUGGAGGCCCAUGUCAAAGGCGAUUGCCAUCUUUAGCAGCUUCAUCAGUCUUGCAAGCAGUUUUGGCACUCAAAGCUGUUGCUGAGUGCACAAUAUGGUGUGCACGUGUUAAAGAUCUAAUUCCUGAUUCUACAACUCUAUUAUUAUGGGAAUUUUCAUGGAAUGUUGUGACGGCUCCAAUACCUCAAGGGGAGACGGAAGCUGAAAUUCGGCUAGGUGCAUAUGAAGCUUUGGUCUCAGUUUCUAAAGCAUUGGCUGUUACAACUUCUUGCCAUGUUUUGUCUUUUGUGAAAGCUAGACUAAAUAUUGAAGACAUACCUGAACAAAGGCUUGUUGAUGAAUUAGUUUGCAAUUUUCUCCACAAUGUCAAUGCUCUCCUUCAAACAGGGUCACUGGCAAGAAGUCGUCAAGCAGUAUUGCUUCAGCAUAAGUGGAGGUGUUUGGAUUCUUUUUUAUCAAUUUCGUGGAGCUCUGUGAGCCCUAAUGAAGAUAUUUUGGGCUUUGUUGAAAGUACAGUCUCUGAUUCAUCUCUUGAAACUCUUAUUUAUGAUGCAAUUGAAAGCUUGGAGAGUGCUAGUGAGGAUUCAGUUCUUCCUAUUUUAAGAUCUGUGCGAUGGGUGAUGGACUCAGGUUUCUUGAAGCGAAUGACCUCUGAUGCUGAUUCUCAGAACAGAAAGAAAGUUGAGAUUAUGUGGUCACUGGGGCACUCUGCAUGGUCUGCAAUUUCUGAUUUCAAUAAGCGGAGGGUGGCACCCAUAGCUGCAGUUUUGUCUGCAAUAUUUCAUCCUUCAGUUUUUAAUGACUUUACCAUGCAUGAAGCUGGAAGCAAUAAAGAAGGACCUCUAAAAUGGUUCCUUGCCAGACUUCUUGAACAAGGUGUGCGAAGUCCUCGAACUAUGCGUCUCACAGCUCUGCAGUUGACUGGAAUGUGGCUGUUAUAUCCUGCAACAAUCAGAUUUUAUAUGAAAGAACUAAAGCUUCUUACUCUUCAUGGAGGAGUGGCUAUUGAUGAGGAUCUGGAUGCAGAAUUGAUAGAAAAUAAGGUGGCAGCAAAGGAAUUCCUGACACUAGUCAAGAGCACUGACCCUGAACUAACUGAGGUGUUUGUGAACUCCGAAAUGUAUUCUCGUAUUACAGUUGCUGUUCUUUUUCACAGGCUUGCUGCCUAUGUAGAAGGUGCUCAGUUAUCAGUAGACAAGAAAAUACAAAAGGAGGCCAUGCAUGUAUCAAAUGCUGGAAAAAUGUUUCUUUUGGAGCUUUUAGAUUCCGCGCUUAAUGAUCUAGAUCUUGCCAAGGAGCUGUACAAAAAGUGGAGUGCUCUUUGCAAAAUGCUCUUUCAGAUUCACAGGCGCAAGACCCGUGCUUGGCAAAUGAUCUGUAUUUUAUCGCGGUUUGUGACUGAGGAUUCAAUGGAGCAAGUAACUUCUAUUGUACAUCAAUGCAUUUAUAGGAAUAACCUGCCUGCAGUUCGUCAGUAUAUUGAAAUCUUUGCUGUGCAAAUAUAUUUAAAAUUUCCAUCAAUGAUAGUGGAGCAAAUAGUUCCAAUAUUAUGUGAUUACAGCAUGAAACCUCAGGCACUUUCUUCCUAUGUUUUCAUUGCUGUCCAUUUGUUGAUGCACAUUUCACCAACUUCACUCCAGUUGGAGCUUCUAGAGAAACUGCUUCCUCCAAUUCUUCCAUUUUUGACUUCACACCACCACAGCUUGCGUGCCUUCUCUCAGAUUUUAGUUUAUCGGGUACUCCAUAGAUAUUUCAUUGUUUUGCAAUCCUGUACACAAAUGGAACUACAAAGCUUGCCUUUGGAGAAGAAGUGUUUGCAAUCUAUAAUGGCAUACCUGGAGGGAAAUGCUGAUUGUACAAGGAUAAGACUUUCAAUGGAUAAAUUCCUGGAUGCAUUUGAUCCUAUUGCAUCAGCAACUCCAAGGGGAUUGUUCUGUUUUGGAAAUGGAGAGACUGACUCAUCUUCUGAACUCCCUUUUGAGUGUGCUCCCAUUUCUACAAUGAUGCAUGUGAUUGACUUUCUUAAUGAGGUGAGAGAUGAGCUGCGAGGUGUUAUGGCAGAAGAUGCUUUAAUACUUAAAAAGGAAGAAUUUUGGGACAGAAGUAUGGAAAAGCAAGAAUAUUCAUCAACAGGCUGGCAGGAAGGAAAAGAUAAACUUAAUAUGACCCCUAUAACUCCUUCACCUUCUGCAAUGGAUGCUUUCUUUGACUGCUUUAAUGGAUCUCUGGACUUUCAGAAGAAAAUUCUGUCACAUAGAGUUGAUGAGAAUAUUCUGAAUGCUGAUGACAAGAUGGGAACUUCUGCAAAAAAUUUCAUCAGACCCACUCUAUCAGAUAUUGAGGUCGAAGACCAACAUCUCUUGUCUACAAUAGAAUUGCGCAUAAAAGAGAUGGAGAAAAUGACAGGGGAGCGACAAGACUUGAUCCUGGUUGCCUCUUUGCUAGGACGCAUUCCUAAUCUUGCAGGGCUGGCACGCACUUGUGAGGUCUUUAAAGUGGCAAGGUUGGUAGUCGCUGAUGCAAACAUUGUGCAAGAUAAACAGUUCCAAUUAAUCAGUGUCACAGCCGAGAAAUGGAUACCUGUACAGGAGGUACCUGAAUUAAGCCUCAAGGAAUAUCUGAAAGGGAAAAAGAGGGAGGGCUACUCAAUUUUAGGAUUAGAGCAAACUGCAAACAGCAUACCACUUAAUAAGUUUUCAUUCCCACAGAAAUCAGUCUUGGUACUUGGACGAGAAAAAGAGGGAAUUCCUGUUGAUGUCAUUCACAUACUAGAUACAUGUGUGGAGAUUCCUCAGUAUGGUGUUGUUAGAUCUCUAAAUGUUCAUGUAAGUGGUGCUAUUGCAAUAUGGGAGUAUACUCGACAGCAUAACGAGUAAAGAUGCUUCUUUUUCCCCAAUAUUUUAACCUCGCGAGAACACAAGGCUAUUAAGUGGCAGAUUUGAAUUUCCACCAGCCAAUUUUGGUGUCUUCUUUACCAAACACAUUGCUAAAAUAAUGCCAGUCAAUUUUUAUUCUUGCAAUUAAUUUUGUUCAUUCCGAGCUUAUUGUGGAGACAGAAAGGUGUAAAUUUUCAUGCUAACUAUAUGAGUCAGAACAUCCUAAAUCUGUCAAGCUUAUCAACACUGUUUAAAACAUGGAAGCUUGAAAUAUCGGCAACAGGCAUGGGACUUUUUUAAUUCAAAAUUUGUAAUGUGUUGCUAGAUAAAUUAAUUUUACCUGUGAAAAAUUCCAGUUUUCUGGAAUACUUCAGCAAGCCAAAAAAUGAAGAAACGAGAAUUGGAGAACUAAUAAUUAGAAACAUUUGAAAAGUCAGCCUGCUCUAAGAAAAAAGUGUGGAUUUUAAUCAUCAUAUUUGUUCAAGACACAACUAAAGCUUAAGCCAUAAUCGAUUGAAUAAAAUUGCUUUCCAAGGGUUUUUAAUUACAAAA